CCAGCCGACAAAGACAGCAAAACUGUUAGCCCUUACGGGAGAUGAAGUGAAAGUAAAUCCAACUUUCCUCGUAACUCACAAAAGAAUGCACUCGCUGGGCGCUAAAACGGAAUUGAUGCUCCGAUAUUGGCUGGAACAGCUGAGCAAGAAACGGUGGGCCGACAUGGGCGCCCCCCUCAGCAGAGAAGCGGUGUGGCGCACUUUGACCGGCUCCCUGCUUGUAAUGGCCGUCUGCGUCACCGUCUGGCAGAUCACCACGCCCAGCACCGAGGUCAUCACAUUGUCCUUGACCUCUGAUAAUGAGACGGUCAGGGCCAUCUUUAAACAUGUACAACGAAAUGCCGACGGGUCGAUUGAUUUUCUUUUCAACGUCCCACGAGACGAACCACCAACAGUGCAACCCGACACAUCAACAGCUCGACCAGUGGUCAGAUUAAGUUAUCCGCUAACUCUGGACUCGCCCUACCUCAUCAACAGUGUCAACUUAUGCCCGCCCGGGUGGCCGAUUGACUAUAUUAUUGUCGUACACAGCGCCAUAUUUAAUUAUCCUCGCCGGAGAAUCAUCCGCGAGACGUACGGCUCGGCCAGGCUGUUUGGGUUGGUCACACAACGCGUCGUCUUCCUGCUGGGUCAGACCGGAAGUCUCGCAGACACCAGACUCAUCCAGGAGGAGGCCAUGACCCACAAGGACAUCGUCCAGGGGCGGUUCCUCGACUCGUACCACAACCUCACCCACAAAGGCGUGCUGGGGUACAGAUGGGUUUCUGAGCAUUGUCCCCAGGCCAAAUUUGUGAUCAAAAUUGACGACGACGUUUUCUUAAAUCCUUUUAAACUCGUUCAAGAAGUUUUACCGCGGUAUCAGAAUAAAUCCCGUCAGAUCGCAUGUCACGUCCGGCGGAUAGGCGCGAGUGUUGUGGUCAGGGGGAAGGGCAAGUGGGUGGUCCACGAGGACGAGUUCCGGGGUCAAAGGGCGUACCCAUUUGAAUACUGCAACGGCUACUUUGUCAUACUCACCGGCGAUCUCAUCCGGCCGUUGUUCCGUGCUGCAAGGAUCAACCCUUUCUUCUGGAUUGAUGACGUGUAUCUUUUCGGUAUACUUCCGGCCACGGUGGGCGGGACUACGUUCAGCGAUCUCCGCCCACAACUGACCUUGUCGUUCAACGUCGCGAAGCCAUGUUUCGUCAAAGAUGGCGCCAAAUGUAGAUAUCUUGCGGUCAGCCAGUGGCGAGCUGACGAACCGGAAACACUCUGGUACCUGCUCUUGUCAAAUAUAACAAAAACGGUCAAGCGAGAGUUAAUCGUGCAUCCAAAGUUCUAAUGUCCUGCUAAACCAAACACUUCCAGCACUGAUAUACACAUUCUGCGACAUACGACUAACACUUUGCUCAUCGCGUUAUUUGAUUAGUUCCACAACCAAGUUUAAAAUCUACCGUGUGCUUUAUUUCAUCUUUUUAGCUGCUUUCUUUACGCAGUCUCUGGGCAUUUACUUUAUCAAGUUAAUUAAAAACUGGAAGUGCGAGUAUCACGAGGAAACA